AUGGAGACCGAGAAAGAAGCUGAGACAGCACAAGAACCAGUGGUUGAUGUGGCAGCUGAUAAAGAUCGAAGCCAAAUGAUUGGAAAGAAGAGACCUCCUGCACCGUUUCCUCAGAGGCUAGUUAAGUACCAAAAAGAGGAUUACUCUUACUCAGACCUGAGUACAGUGGUAACUAAACCAAUUGCGAAAAAGCUGUCUGACCGAGGGAGCUUUACAAUCCCAUGCACUAUUGGUGAUUUUGCCUUUGCUAAAGAACUGUGUGAUCUAGGGGCCGGCAUUAAUCUUAUUCCCCUAGAAAAUUAUAAGAGACUGGGUAUUGGAAGAGCUAGACCCACCUCUAUGUUGUUGCAGCUGACUGACAGGACGGUAAAGCGACCCUCUGGUAUUCUGGAUGAUGUGUUGAUUCAGUUAGGGAAAUUUGUGUUCCCUAUAGAUUUUGUAAUCUUAUACUGUAAAGUGGAUGAAGAGAUUCCCAUAAUUUUGGGAAGACCGUUCCUGGCCACGGGUAGAGCUUUAAUUGAUUAUGAAACUGGGGAGUUAAAGAUGAG